CCCCAGCUCCGCAGAGUCACUUCACUUUCGGGAUCCGAGGAGCGUGGAAGGCGGUUUUCGGGGCUGCAAAAAACCCAAAAACCCAAGAACUAUGGCAAACUCCAAAGAACUUCUCCUCUGGUGCGUCGUGCUGGUGUGCAUCUCCGGCCUGACGGAAGCCACGGAAAAAGCUCCUUCGGUGCAAGUGUAUUCCCGCCAUCCUAUAUCCAUUGGCAAGGAGAAUGUUCUGCACUGCUUUGUGGAGGGUUUCCACCCUCCAAAAAUCAACGUUACCCUUCUGAAGAAUAAUGUUGAAAUACCCGAAGUCAAGCAGUCCGACCUCUCUUUCAAGGAAGACUGGACCUUCCAGCUUCUGACUUACGUUUCGGUGGUUCCCAAUGGAAAAGAUGAAUAUUCCUGCAGAGUGAGCCACCAGGCACUCAAGGAACCCAAGAUCAUGAAAUGGGAGCAGGAUUACUGAUCCAGUAAUCGCCAGCAAAUAAGAUUUGAUGAAUGAUGCUUUAAACUACUAUUUCGGCUGCUGAUCUUUUUGAAUUUACUUCAAAUGCUGUUUCUGCUUAUCAAUGACUGAAGAGCUCCAAAUUCAACUUUUUAAAGCAAUGCGUUUUCAAGAAAAGAUCAAAGAUAGACAUCACAUCUUUAUAUAAAUCAGCAUUUGAGGCAUCAUGAUUUUAUAAAAUGUUUUCUAUAUUUAGAGUCAUGGUCCAUAUAGAGUUACCAUCAUAAAUAUAAUCACUCAUAGAGUCUAUUCUAUGAGGGAGAGAGGCAGUUCUUAAAUAUGACUGACUAAUCAAUCAGUUAAUUAAUCUGAGUGUGAAAAAGUCAUCACUUUUGCUUUACUGCUAUGUUAAAUCUUUUAGGAGUUAAGAGUAUUUUCUUGUGUUAUUGUGGAGAUAAGAAUGGAAAAAACUGAAUUUUCUAAAAAUGAUAAUUAAGAGUUUCCUUUUAUAAACUGCUACCUGAUAGGCUAGCUCAGUUGAUAGUUUUACCUAACGUGUAAGUCCCUUUUGCUUUCCUCCAUUAAUGUACACAUAACCCUCAAUAAAAGUUGUCUAACAAUG